AUUUCAGAAAUGAAAUUGUGAUUUUUUUCGGUGAAAUUUUGUGUAUGACACUGAAUAUAAAAAAAAAGAGAUAAAAAUAAUCUCUGCCAACGAAGUUAACCUCUUAACCAAACAAUAAUCUAUUAAAUUUUUUCAAUUAUGUUUAAGUGCUCGUAAUUAGUCCUUGUUUCGAUUUUCUAGCUUCUUCAGGUGUUAUAUCUGUAGAGAUUCAUCAAAAAAACAUUUUAAAUCAUGUCUAGAAUCAGAUAUAUAUGGCAAUCAAAUUUUCCAAAAACGUAUGAAAAGUUUUUAAAACCUGUAAAUUUUAAUAAGUUCACCUCAGUUUGCUGGUGCCAUAAGGACUUUUUUAAUAUUACCAAUUAUAAAAAUAGGUGCAUUAAUGAAAAUGGUAAUGUAGCAUUGGGCAAGAUAAAUUUAUGCCAAAGUAGAGGAAAAAAGACUUUUGACACACAAAGAGCCUAUGUAAAUAAGGAACUCAAAGCCUAUAUUCAACAAAAUAAAAAUAGAUUAAGAAAUACAGAGAAAAGAAUCAAAUUGCAAGGUAGCAUUUUAAUGAAAGACAUUAGAGAAACUAAAGAUAAGGUUCGAGAAAAAGUAGAAAAUAUAAUUGAAAAAGAAAAUGUUUAUACGAUACCUAAUUUCCUCUGUUUAUCAAGAAUUGUUUUAUCGCCUUACUUAGGAUUACUUAUUGUUCAAUCAGACUUUGAAUUUGCAUUAGGCAUUCUUGGUUUUGCUGCUGUAACUGAUUUGCUAGAUGGUUGGAUAGCUAGGACAUGGAAGAGCCAAAGUUCAAAAGUAGGCAGUUUAUUGGAUCCUGUUGCUGACAAAUGUCUUGUAGCAACUUUAUUUCUCUCUUUGACUUACGCAGACCUGAUUCCUAUUAUUCUAACUAGCAUAAUCGUUGCCAGGGAUGUUAUUCUUUUAGUAUCAGGAUUUAUUAUUAGAUAUAAAUCUUUGCCUCCCCCUAAAACUUUAAGUAAAUAUUUUGAUGUUACUUAUGCCACCGUCCAAUUAGAGCCAACUUUCCUCAGUAAAAUAAACACAGGUGUGCAACUAGCAUUAGUUGGAACAACUCUAGCCGCUCCUGUUUUUCACUUUGUGGGACAUCCGUUUUUGGAAUGUUUAUGGUACCUUACUGGGGCCACUACAGUAGCAUCUGGACUGAGUUAUGUAUUUUCUAAGAAUACAUAUAAAUAUCUGAGAUUGAAAAAAUGAAGAAGUGCCCUUUUUCAAUAAAACAUUUUCGAAUUA